AAAUUUUCACCCAGGACCGGCAGCGCCAAAUUUUCAUCCCCAAAUUAAUAUCUCAGCCCACCUUCAAAUCCGCCUCCACCUCUUUCAAACCAAAAAAAAAAAAUGCCCCCCUCUCCCAAAAUCUAGGGUUUCUCUCGCUCUCUUGAGACCCCUUUUCUGGCUGCUCUCGCUCUUCUUCUUCCUCAAUCCCCUCAAUUUCUCAAGCGGACUCUGAUUCUUCUCUCGUCGACGGUGACCAGAUCCCCGAUUCGUCACUUGAAGAAGUUUUGGAGAAUCCCCAACUUCUCUGCUUCGUCUCCGGUUAAUUCUACGGUGACCAGAUCCCCGAUUCUAAGUUAUUUUGUGAACCAGGUUCCCUUUCAUUGCUUGUGAAAUUUUCACUUGUGAGAUUGAUGUUAUUUUGAAGACAUUAGUAGAGGACGAAGAGCUGAUGGAUCUGCUAUUCUCCUUUCUUGAACCAAACCAUACACACAAUUCCUUAUUGUCUGGAUACUUCAGCAAGGUGGUUGUAUGCUUAAUGUUAAGGAAGACAACAUCACUUAUGAAGUAUGUUCAGAAUCAAUUUUUUAUAUCAGGUCUUUCAGGAGAUGAUAUUAUAAAGAACCGCAUUUUAGAAGCCCUAUAUAGGCGUAUCAGGCGCAGAGAAAGUGCGAUAAGUUCUGGAUCAGCAGGCACAUCAUCAUCAGGAGCAGAGAACACUGCAGUCAUCACCGUUGGUUUAGCUCUAAUAUCAGUCGCUGCAGCAUCGGCAAUUCUUCUCCAAAUCGACAAAAAAGCGCCUCAAGUUCAGAGUACAGAGUACUCUGGACCUCCACUCAGUUACUAUAUCGGCAAGUUCAAGCCUGCAAGUAUUGUAGAGGCUGCAGUUAUUUCUGAGCCUCAGAGUUCUCCAAUUGUAGAGGCUUUUGCUCCUUCCGAACCCGAGACUGCGUCGAAUGUGCAGGUUGAAGGUGAUGCAAGUGCAGCUCCUGAGGUCCAAGUUGAAUUGAAGGUGGAGGGUGAAAGUUCAAGUGUUGAAAAUGUUCCUUGACUGGAUGGAUCAAGCCACUCCUAUAUUAUAUUUUGGAUGUAUGAGUCAUUUUGGAUAUUAGAAACAUAUAUAUAAUAUUGGAUGCUUUUCA